AUGGAAGAGACAACGAAGAAGAAGAAGAUGACAGAGAUUGGAUCCGCCAUUGAAGAACUCUCUGUUCUUUCCAUAGCCAAGACCACAAUAGUUACCACCGAAACAGAAUCCACCAACAUCAUCAAUUUACCUUUGAAGCCUCUCCUUUCUUUCUGCAGAUUAAUCAUCCAAGUUCUUGAUAAGAUUGGCCCGACAAUGGCAGUUCUCCGACAAGACGUUGAUCAAAAUAUUCAAAGAUUGGAGAAGAUGUGGGAGUCUGAUCCUAUUCUCUACUCAAAUUUGGUUGAGAUACUGAGAAAAGAAGCAAAGGAAGGAUCCUCUAGGAAGCCUAAAAGCUGUAGCAGAGCUGCUCUUUGGCUAACGAGAGCGAUGGAUUUUACGUUGGCGCUAUUGCAACGGCUGGUCAAAGACAUGUCACAAAACAUGGAACAAGCCGUUGAAGAAAGUUAUAAUUUGACUAUAAAACCAUGGCAUGGAUGGAUCUCUUCAGCUGCUUUCAAGGUGGCUCUUAAGCUGGUCCCAAACAACAACACAUUCAUCAAUGUGCUUUCGGCGAAAGACGAGAGUCAUCAGAUGGUUGAAGAUGAUAUAAGUAGUUUAAUUUCUUUGCUCAUUCCACUUCUAAGCCAACUACAUUCCAUUCUGGAAUCAUACGAAGUGCACAAACUAAAGUCAACAUGA